GUGUAUAUAUAUAUUCCUUUUCUAGGGUUAAAGCCUUGAAGGUUUAAGCUCAGCGGCUGUGGUUUCUUUCGGCUUUCGAUUCAAAUCCCUUUUGGAACUGUCCUUCAAUUGAAAACAAGCAGCCAACAUGGGGAAGACACGAGGUAUGGGAGCUGGACGUAAGCUGAGGACCCACCGAAGGAGGCAAAGGUGGGCCGAUAAGUCAUACAAAAAAUCCAACCUUGGUAAUGAAUGGAAGAAGCCAUUUGCUGGUUCUUCCCAUGCCAAAGGCAUUGUCCUUGAAAAGAUAGGUAUUGAAGCUAAGCAACCUAACUCUGCUAUCCGAAAGUGUGCUCGAGUUCAAUUGAUCAAGAAUGGAAAAAAGAUUGCCGCGUUCGUUCCAAACGACGGUUGUUUAAACUACAUCGAAGAAAAUGAUGAGGUGUUGAUUGCUGGAUUUGGACGAAAGGGUCAUGCCGUCGGUGAUAUUCCCGGUGUUAGAUUCAAGGUUGUGAAGGUGUCUGGUGUUUCAUUAUUGGCACUUUUCAAAGAGAAGAAGGAGAAGCCUAGAUCCUAAGUUUGCAACAAUGAGGAUGUCUUUUAUGAUGUUUUCGUAGUUUUAUUUGAGAUUGAAUUUAAAGCAAUGCGUUGCUCGGUAGCUUUUGUUGGUAACAUUUUGUUUAAUUUUCUGGUUAUUGUAUUGAAUUUUGUGAUGUUAUGGUUUGAUCCAAAAA